GUUGUAGUCUUUGUUCUUUGGAUUUGCAUUUCAACGGGUUUAGCUUUAAAAAUACUAGCGGAUCGCAUAAAACCAGAUGCUACUCGUGUCGCCAUUUCUGACUGCUAACUGACUGUCUGUCUGCCGUCUGCCGUCUGCUGUCUUCCCACUCCACCCCGCCCCCCACUGCAGUCUUUCUGCUAACAGCUGACGAGCGGCUUUCGAGCUUGUUGGUACCACACUACCCUUUUGGCAGAACCACGAUAAAAGAUGUAAACAAGCUAAACAUGAUAAUCUAUAAUCGUCAAAAAUCAUAGGCCACGAGAAGUUUAUGCCACAGUUCACAAAAAGUCGGCUUUUUUUAAUUUUGACGGCAAAUACAGCAGCUGUUUUCGCCUUGUGGGUUGGUUUUACAAACGCAAUUCAUUUCGGCUACUGUGAUUGGUUGGUGGAAGUGACUGCAAUAACCAAUGAAAUCUAACGUCAAAGCAAACCUAACCCUCUCAUUUGUUUGUUUUGAACGUUUCAAAUUUUUUCCCCGCUGCUGUCUAUCGGCUACUGUUUAAUUUAGCGAUAUCUGCUGUUUACCAAUGAUCUUUUCCUCCUUCUCUGUUUCCAAAUGAUAGCUUUUGCUGAACGAUAAAUUGCUUUUAUUUUAAGACAUUUUGUACAAUAUGGAAAUCAACAGUAAUUGCACUGCAAAUGCAAUUUCAGAACCUUUCAAAUUUAAGUAUGUAGCAGAGGAGGAACUUUUGCGCAUCGUUCGUAAAGUUCGCAGGGAAAAACAGAAGGAGAGAGAUGCAUUACUGUGGAAACGAUUUGUUGAGGAUAGGGAUAAGAUUGCCGUGCCCGAAAACAAUCAGGACAGUGAUCAAAAGCUGGAGUGUCAACCAUCGUCUUGCUGUCAUUGUAAAGAGAUUAAUGCUGCAGAUGAAAAAGAUAUUACCAGAACCUCAGCCCCUAUCGAGUUUGGGCCGGAAAGCAUUCCCUCUGAAAUAGAAGGUCCUCGCUUGCCAUUUAAACGGCCAGUUCCUACAGUUACAGACGGAGGGGCAAAUGUUCAAGAAACCGGAACUCUUCAGCGGAUAGUUUUACUUCGACAACGAAUAAGCAUUGCUUUAGACAGUAUCACAGGAAUGAUUCAGUGCCAGCCUGCGGAGCCUGAUGGACCAGAUGACUUAGAGAGAAGAAAAACUCGCCUUAAUGAAUUUCUUUCCAGAUUUUCCCGCAAUUAUCUCUUCCAGUUUCAGAGACAGGUGGCUGAACUGCGUAAGCAUGUUGCUUGUGCAUCCACAGAAACACCAGGGCGACAUACUGAACUCCAGGCUUUGAUGCAAAAACUAGUUUCUGCUCACCAAACAGCAGUACAAAGCCUACAGGCUUAUCUGACACAAAUACCUUCUUCACUGCAAGGCUUGAACAUAUUUGGCAAGCUAAGAACCCUUUUGCACCAUCUUUGUGACCUCAGUUCAUUGAAGAGCCAGCUUGACAUUCAUGCUGGAAUAAUUGAAGGGUUUGAAGAUACAGAGGAAACAGAUGAAGUUUAUUUGAAGUGCAAAGAACUUCUUCGAAUGUUAGAGGAAAAACGAACUGAGCCUGAAGACAUAAGCUUGAGUGCUCGUGCUAGCUCACCUCUUAGUGCUAGAGGGAGUCUGAUGCCCAGGACCCAACAAGCUGUGUCACGCACAAAUAAUGGUAUACAUAGAGGUUCUUGGAAGCAAACUUCCUCCUACUUAGCUCGUGCUAAAUUCGGCCCUCCAUCUUCAGUUCGUAGUAGUGUGAGUGCACAUGUCUCGUCAAGAGGUCGCAAUUCACAUAAAGAGAAAAAGCAGAAAGAUACUCAGAUUUAUAACUGUUGUAACUCUGAGCUGAAAGAGAUCAUAACUCACAUGCAUGAUGUGCUUUGUAAUAAGGUUGUUGCCAAGAAAAAGAAGAAAAGCAGGCAUGUCAAGUCGAUUGAUGGGAAGAGAAAAUCAAGUGAUCCUAAGAAGCCCCUGACUCAAGUUCAAAAUCUGUCAAACAAUGUGCAAUUGGUCAUCACACAACAUUGUGAUAGUGAUACAGAAGGUUACAGAGAUGCUGCAACAGAUACUGCUGACUUCACUGAUAAUAAAAGGUCCCCGCACUUUGAGGGAGACUUGAGAAAAUCAAAGAGAGUUGGAUGGGCAACUGCUCCUCCAUCUUUGACUGGAAUAUCAAAUGACAACGCUACUCCAGGUUCAGAUGAGGUGUUGACCAAUUUGCCUGAUCCUAAUGUCCCCAUUUCAGGACUUCGUAAAGGGCCCAUACACAACAUCUUGAAUUACAGGCAAAGAUUUUCUGAAUAUAAUUCACAAGUCCAGAGCCCAUUUAUUCAGAGGUUGUGUGAGGAUAUCAUAGAUGGAGUAUUUCAAGAAAUUUCUGAAGAGUUAGAACCAAGCUUUUUACUUGAAAAAAUGUAUCAUUUGGAAUUUAAAGAUGUGUAGAGCUAACAAAUGUACAUUUGGAGCUGUAAUUUCAAAUAAACACAUUUUUCAUUAUGUA